CUGAAGUGACUGAUCUCCACACUGGUAUAAAGAUGGCGUUUAUUAAAGAGGAGAGUGAAGAUGUGAAGAUCGAAGAGACAUUCUCUGUCAAACAUGAAGAUCUGCAGGAACAAACAGACCUGAUGGUGCUGAAAGAAGAGACUCAUCAACUGAAUGUAAUGGAAGAGAAACAGCAGUUUGAGAAACACCAAGUAAUAACGACUGAUGAAAAAACCACACUGACUAAAAAGGCUUCAUCACGCGGAAGACCUCGGAAAUCCAAGUCUAUGUGUAAUUACAGCUGUACAUGGUGUAGAAAGAGUUUCAGUAAAAAGUCAAACCUUGAUAUUCACAUGAGAGUUCACACUAAAGAGAAACCUUACACCUGCAAACAGUGUGGAAAGAGGUUUGGUUAUAUACAAGGCUUUAAAAACCACAUGAGAAUUCACACUGGAGAGAGGCCGUACACAUGCCAACAGUGUGGAAAAAGCUUCUAUCAUGCAGGAAAUUUUGCAGCGCACCAGAAAAUUCACACUGGGGAGAGGAAGUAUACAUGCCAACAUUGUGGAAAAAGCUUCUCUAAAACAGGAAACUUGGCAGUACACAUGAGAAUUCACACUGGGGAGAAGCCUUACUCUUGCUCUCAGUGUGGAAAGAGUUUUAAGCAAAAUGUCACCCUUAAAAUCCACAUGAGAACUCACAAUGAAGAAAGAAUUUUUACCUGCACACAGUGUGGGAAAAGUAUUUCUCAAAAGCACUACCUUGACAUCCACAUGAGGAUUCACACUGGAGAGAAACCUUACACAUGCACAGAGUGUGGUAAAAGUUUCCCAUAUAAAGGCUCACUCAAUCACCACAUGAUAAGUCACACCGGAGAGAAGCCGUUUACAUGUGCUCAGUGUGGAAAGAGCUUCACAACCAAAUCAAACCUUAAUCAACACAUGAGGAUCCACACUGGGGAGAAACUAUUCACAUGCACCCAGUGUGGGAAGAGUUUCAGCAACUCAGCAAACCUUAAUAUACACAUGAGGAUUCACACUGGAGAGAAACCAUUCACAUGCACCCAGUGUGGGAAGAGUUUCAGCAACUCAGCAAACCUUAAUCAACACAUGAGGAUUCACACUGGAGAGAAACCAUUCACAUGUACUCAGUGUGGGAAGAGUUUCAGCCAAUCAUCAAACCUUAACCUACACAUGAGGAUCCACACUGGAGAGAAACCAUUCACAUGCAGUCAGUGUGGGAAGAGUUUCAGCCAAUCAUCAUCCCUUAAUCUACACAUGAGGAUACACACUGGAGAGAAACCAUUCACAUGUACUCAGUGUGGUAAGAGUUUCAGCCAAUCAUCAAUCCUUAAUAUACACAUGAGGAACCACACUGGAGAGAAACCAUUCACAUGCCUUCAGUGUGGGAAGAGUUUUAGCCAAUCAACAUACCUUAAUCAACACAUGAGGAUCCACACUGGGGAGAACCUAUUCACAUGCACCCAUUGUGGGAAGAGUUUCAGCAACUCAGCAAACCUUAAUCUACACAUGAGGAUUCACACUGGAGAGAAACCAUUCACAUGUACUCAGUGUGGGAAGAGUUUCAGCCAAUCAUCAAACCUUAAUAUACACAUGAGGAUUCACACUGGAGAGAAACCAUUCACAUGCAGUCAGUGUGGGAAGAGUUUCAGCCAAUCACCAUACCUUAAUCAUCACAUGAGGAUCCACACUGGAGAGAAACCAUUCACAUGCAGUCAGUGUGGGAAGAGUUUCAGCAAAUCAUCAAACCUUAAUCUACACUUGAGGAUCCACACUGGAGAGAAACCAUUCACAUGUACUCAGUGUGGUACGAGUUUCAGCCAAUCAUCAAACCUUAAUAUACACAUGAGGAACCACACUGGAGAGAAACCAUUCACAUGCCUUCAGUGUGGGAAGAGCUUUAGCCGAUCAACAUCCCUUAAUCGACACAUGAUGAUCCACACUGGAGAGAAAGAGUUUAUGUGCUUGAAGUGUGAGAAUACUUUUAUUACAGCUGCAGAAUUGAAACGCCACCAGAGGGUUCACACUGGAGAAAAACCGUACAAGUGUUCACAGUGCAGUAAGAGGUUUGCUCGCUCAGGAACCCUGAAAACACAUGAGAGGAUUCACACUGGAGAGAAACUGUAGACAUGAUCAGUGUGUACAAAGUUUCACUUAAUCAGGGCAGCUUAAGAAACACAUGGGAUGGUUUUUGGUAAGGCGCCGACACAUGUAGCAGCAUAGAAAGAGCGCUUCCAUACACACUGGUAUUAAUCCUCCUUUUUACAUCAUAUAUAAUAACCUAAACCAUAUUUAAAUGACAUGGAGGAGGGACAAAAACAAAAAGGCUAGGACAAAACAACCAGUUAAUCCUGAAAAAAAUGAGAAAUCAACAGAUGAAAAAUCCAAGACAGACGGAAUAGCUGAUAGCCUGUCACCUAUCAUUGCAGCAAUAUUUACAGACAUCAAAGCUUUCCAGAAGAAUAUUAAAUCUGAUUUAACCGCCUUCCAAGAUUCUCUCGCAAAAGAUGUGAAAAUGGAAUUAAGUAACUGUAAACAAGAAGUCAAUCAACAACUGGAUGACCUUAUCACGGACCUAAAUGCAACGACAGAAAAGGUCAACGAAGUGGAGCAGCGAGUUGGAGAAUUUUGGAGAACAUUGCAGAGAUGAAAGAAAUGCUCAAUCAAUCCAUUCAAGUACAAGAAAAUUUAAAAGAGAAACUGUGAGAUAUAGAAAAACGCUCCCGUAGAAAUAAUAAUCAGAUUUUUGGAAUCCCGGAAGAAAGCAUUCUGAAUGAAAAGGGAAUUAAGUUCUAAACACCACCGCCGGCAAGACUUAAAAUCUUUUUGGAAAACAAAGGACCUGGUCCUCCGCUUUGCAUGGAGAAAAAAAGUAAUACACUGAAAUAAAAAAAGAAUUUUCUUUGACCAAGACUACCCACCUGAGAUCCAACAGAAAAGACGGGCUUUUGCUCCGAUAAGAAAAAUUCUGAAUGAAAAGGGGAUUAAGUUCCAAACACCGAAUCUUUCUGGAAAACAGGGCAGUCAUGUACAAUUUGAUGACGGAGGCAUCAAGAGAAAGUCUGAAAGAAAAAGGACUGAUAAACAGCGAAGAAGAAACUAUUAUAGGAAUCCCUGGGAAAGAGAAACAAAGACCUUGGCAAAAGGUUGGAGUGACAU